GUCCGGUCCUACCCAAAAUAACAACAAAACCGUUGAAAUCAAGACCCCAAAUUCCCAGUCCUUAAACCCUAAAUCUCAGUCCUUUUGCUUCAACGAAGAAGAAGAUGGAGACCCGAAGCUUAUUGGACGAAGCUCUAGGGCUUCAACACCUCAGUGGCCGCGUUGUCCUCCUCGAAGACUGCGUCGAGACCAGCGCCGCUUUCGUCCUCCACCACCUGCUCAAGCGCGCUCUCUCUCAGCCUCUUCACUCCUCAAACGUCGUCGUUUUCGUCGCCUUCGCACAACCCUUCUCUCACUACGAUCGAAUCCUCCGAAAACUCGGCUGCAAUUUGGCUGUGCAAAGAGACAAUAGUAAAUUCUUCUUCUUUGAUAUGCUUAGGGAUUUUUGCCCAGGUGGAGAUGAUGGAAAAGGUGGUGAUGGUGGACUGGUUUCUUUGUAUGGGAGAAUCCUGAAGACGAUAAGUGCCUUGCCUGAGGAAAACAAGAACCGUGUUACUGUUAUGAUAGACGAUGUCUCUCUAAUGGAGGUGGCUGCUAAGGGAUCUACAAAUCUUGUAUUGGAUUUUCUGCAUUACUGCCACACUUUGAUAUCAGAAUUCGGAUGUUCCUUAGUCAUGCUCAAUCACGAGGACAUUUAUUCAUGCAUGGGGAGGCCUACACUGAUUUUACAGAUGGAGUACCUAGCCGAUAUACUGAUAAAGGCAGAACCUUUGGCCACUGGUUUGGCCUCAGAUGUGCACGGACAGUUGACAGUUGCGAACAGGAGCAUUAAUGAUGGAGAGAGAUCAAGAAACAAGCUGUGUAAUUUCCAUUUUAAGGUUAAGGAGAACAGUGUUGAGUAUUUCUAUCCUGGAAGCAGAACUUGAUGUGGACCAUGAAUACGUGAGUAAUCUCAAAUUCUGGAUGCAUAUAGCUAUCGGAGCUCCCAAACUGCAUGCGUGUUUGAUUAGGCAAAACAUUUCUUCUUGCUUGGGAAUAUAAUGUUGACUGUCAUCCCAUUUUCAGUGCAUGUCAUUGUCACCAAUUUAUUUAGAGGGCAUCUCAUCACACUCAAAAUUCAACAUCAAGGUUAUUCUGGCUAGUCUAGAUACUGUCAUCAACUUUGUUCUAUCUUCUAUCUCUCUAGAAUGUGUCUACGAAUAAGAAUGUCCAAGUAAAGUGAUGGAAACAUUGUGAGUAGUGAUGUUUUUGUGAUGUCUCUAUUCGUUAUUGGGUCUAUAAGUGUUUCCUUUUAUGUGACAGAAAAGAAAGCAAAAAAGAAUCAACAUCCAUAUUUAAGCUAUAGAAAUGACAUCCAGAGUUG